CGGCGUGCGAUAGUCCUGCAACGUAUAUGAAUACACAUCGUCGUAUAACAUAUUAUGUACACUGUACAGUAACAUCAUCAUUCUUCUCUUUUAGUAUAACAUACCGUGAUUAUAUUAUUAACAAAAAUAGGUACUCGAAUUUGAAUAUUUUUUAUCCGGCGUGUUAUUAGAUAGCCAAUCGCGUACACCACAGAAAUCGUAAAACGUUACAAUAAUGUUCGUGAUGAAAAAAAUGAAAUCGUUAGACUUGCGGUAUAACGAGAUGUGCAAUGACUGGAACAGUUUACACGAGUGUCUAGAUCCCAAAAAGUAUGAACACGGUCAGUUAGUGUUGUCUUGGAAAAGACUGAACGUGUCUGUGGAAUAUACCACACAGAAUUUUUUCGUUUCGUCAAAAAUCACUCGUCAACAAAUAUUGUACAACGUUAGUGGAAACGUGCAAUGUGGAAAUCUUCUUGGAAUAAUGGGCCCAAGUGGUUCGGGAAAAACUACUUUGAUGGCCACUAUAAGUCAUCGAACUAAAGGAAAUUUUGAUGGAGAACUGUUAUUGAAUGGUCAUCCGGUGUCUGAAGAAGUCAUGAUUAAAAUAUCUGGUUUUGUCCCGCAACAAGACGUCACCUUUGAUCAGUUGACGACUUUAGAACACUUGUAUUUAAUGGCGAAUUUAAAAAUGGACCGCCGCACUAGUAAAACCGCGCUAAAGGAUCGUGUCGACUAUACCGUUACUGCGUUGGGUAUGCUCGAAUUUCUGGACAAUAAACUAUCGGUGUUGUCCGGUGGUGAACGUAAGAAAGUCUCUCUAGCCGUCCAGCUCAUGAACGAUCCGCCGAUACUGUUUUGCGACGAGGUAACCACGGGCCUAGACAGCUAUUCAGCUACACACAUUGUCAACAUGCUAAAGCGUAUCGCGCGAACCGGUAAAAUUGUCAUUUGCACAAUCCACCAACCCGCGUCCGGCGUGUUCGACAAGUUCGACGAGGUCAUUUUGCUGUCAAACGGACGGCUGGUGUACCAGGGACCCGUCCCAAUGAUCAAUCAAUUUUUUCAAAAAUUUGAUUACAAAUGCCCAGAUUUAUACAACAAGGCAGAUUUUGUGAUUUCUAUAAUGAAUUCUGAUAGGGAACAAGUAAAAAGAAACAUUGAUGAAAUGUGUAAGUUAUCUUCAACGGAUAUACAAAUGGAUCUCAAUUAUGAUUUAUUUAAUGACCAAGUAUUAUUGGAUUAUACACAACAUUUACAAAUACAAAAACCACUGUGGAUUACACAGUUAAUAUUGAUUUUAAACAGAUCUGGAAUAUGUCUUUUAAGAAAUUACAAAAUAAAACUACUGGAAUUGGGAACUAUAAUGUUUCUUGGUGUAAUGUUGUCUACGCCAUACAUGAAUCUGAAGUUUGAUACUAAAGCCGUACAAAAUUGGCAAGGAUUUUGGUUCAGUUUAAUCACGAAUUCUAUUUUCCAAUAUUGUUAUACGUCUAUUAUAACCUACCAAGUUGAAUUUCCAGUUAUCCAUCGAGAAGUCAGUAACAAUAUUUAUGCAUUGAGUGUAUAUUAUAUUUCUCAAAUUGUCAUAACGCUCAUUUGGACAGUUCUAGAAUCUAUGAUGUAUACAUAUUUGGUGUUUUGGUUAGUAGGUAUUAAAUGGGAGCUAUUGGUGGUGACAACGUUCGUAAUAAAUAUGUUGAUCUGUAGAUCAUAUGGAAGUGUUCUAUCGGCUUUUUUUGAAAAAUUCGAAAAUAUUGUUAUAUUUUCAUUGAUAUAUGAUUAUCUUGCCGUAGCUCUUUGUGGCGCCUACAUUUCACUUGGAACAUUACCAUUUAUAUUGUAUUAUUUGAAAUAUUUAUCAAUAUUUUUUCUUGGCUGUGAAACAUUAUCUAUAUUACAAUGGAAAAAUAUCACAUUCAUACCAUGCCUAGAUGUUAAUAACUGCCUGCGCAAUGGCAAGGAAGUUUUAUUGAGUUACGGCUACGACAUUGAUCGCUACAACACGGAUAUCAUCAUUUUAGGAGUCUUUUAUGUCGUUUGCUAUAUUCUUGGAUAUUACGGAUUACUUAAGAGAAUAAAAAAACAACCAGCUUAUUGAAUCAAGACUGAAAUAAAUAAUUUUGUUUUACUGUUAAGUAUA